AUGCCCACGGACAGAGAGCCCUCGGACUUCAUCAAGACUCUUCACCUGGUCUUCCUCGCCACCUUCUGGGGCAUGCAGAUCUGGGUGACAUGCAUCUCAGGUUUUGUGAUGGGCAGCAGCUUGCCAAGGCAUAUGCUGGGCUUCAUCCAGAGCCGCCUCUUCCCAUUUUACUUCCACAUCGGCUCUGUCUGUGCCUUCUGCAACCUGAUACUUUUUGCCAUGUACCACCCGAGGGAGCUCCUCAGUGAAGAAGAGACCACUCAGCUGGUCAUCCUGUUUGUGUGUGUGGCCUUGGCCAUGCUGAACGCCCAGUGGUUUGGGCAGAUGACGUCGGACAUUAUGGCUGACAUGCACAUCAUUGAACAGAGCUACGGUCUGGGCCAUGAUAUCAGCCUCUUCUCCAGGAAGUCCUACACCCACCUGCAGACCACCAAUCACCGCUAUCAGGCUCUGUGCUGCCACCUCACUGGCUACCAUUGCCUCUCGUUCCUCUGCAACUUGGGCUGCAUGGCUUGUAAUAGCCUGAGCCUGCACUACCUUGCCACACACCUCUCCACACUCUAG